CUUAAGAAGAAGAAAAAUAUUAAACCUUGCAUAGGGUAGUUUUGAGUGCAGAGCUCCUCCUUAUAGCCUUCCAUUUUCGCUCUGGUUCUUAGCUUCCUUGUGGCUCAAGUCUCAUAAUCCAAACCCAUGUUUACAUCAGCAAAAAUGAACCGUCAAUGCCCAACUUGUAGCCGAUUCUGCUUUUCUGAUUGAUUUCUCAGCCAAACCCACAUUUGAUAUGACGAUUUUUGAAAACCCAAAAAAGUGAAGAACGAUGGACUCCGAAUUUUCGGUGCAAUUGCAAACACAAGCCUACGGCGUUCUAAGUUCCAAAGAUGCGCAUCCCAUGGAGACCCUCUUCUCUCAUCUCUUCAGCCCCCAGGAACCCCAACGAUCUCAAGCCUAUAGUCUUCUCCAUUGUUGCAGAAAGCACUUCCCAGAUUUGUUAUUCAUAAAGCUCUUCUAUGUGAUCAGGCAAGGCCCUUCUGCUGACAUUCGUGCCAGGUCAGCCCUGGUUCUUCGUUUUGUGCUUUGUGACCUUUGGCCUAAGUUGUCUUUGAAUGCUCAAAUUAACAUGAAGAACAACUUUCUUGUUUCUCUUCAAGAAGAGGGUUCAUUGCCCACUUUGAGGAUACUCUGUGCCAUUGCAUCUGAAAUGGCAUCAGAGAUUUCUGGGGUUGGCAAUGAAUGGCCAGAAUUCAUUGAGUAUUUGUUGAAGUCUUUUCAGUCGGAUUCUGAAAGGUUUCAACUUUCUGCUUUGUGGGUGCUUGCUUUUCUGCCAAAAGUGUACCGCCCCGUUGCUUGUAAAGCUUUAGCUCCCAGCAUUGAACCUAUACACUUGGCUUUUUUAAGUGCGUUGAAUUCGGAAAAUGCUGAUAUUCAGGUCGCCACAUUUAGUGCUGUGGUUAGUUUGAUUCAUUUGUUUUCGAAUUCAUCAGGGCGGAAUUGGUUUCAUGACCUUUUGAGAGGGAUGAUGGUUGGACUGUUUAAUUUGUUAAGUCGCUUGAAAGAAGACUAUGCCCGAGGGGCUCUCAAAGAGUUAAUAAUGUUGGUAAUGGAAGAGCCACAACUCUUGAAGCCAUACCUUAAUGAACUAGUACUUGACAUGCUUAAGAUAGCAGAGAGUGAACAAGUGACAGAGGGAACCAAAGUGUUUGUUCACAAAUUCUUGCUAACCAUAGCAGAAGCAAGCGAUUUGGCACUUACGAUGAGGGGGUUACCGCAUCAGACUUUGGUUAGGCUGCUCACAGUCCCAAUGAAACUGCUUCUCUGUAUAAAUGAUGACAAUGAAUGUUACAACAAGGAAAGUGACCAGGGUGCGAAUGUCGGGAAGACAGAUCUUGGAAUUGCAUACCUGACAAAAAUUUCAACUGCCUUAGGUGAAAAGACAAUGACCCCCAUUGCUUUUGAGUUGUUCUUGGAGUACAUGGAUGCUUGCGAUUGGAAGAAGCGUCACGCAGGAAUUUCUAUGCUUGCAGUGAUUGCAAAGGAGUGCUCCGGUGAAAUGGUACUGAUGAAAAAUUGUUUGGAACAAGUUACGAGCAUUAUUUUGAAAUCAUUCCAAGAUCCCCAUUCUCGAGUUUGUUGUGCAGCUUUUAAUUUUAUGCAACUGCCUAUAACCCUAAUAGAGGCAAUGCAAAUCCUCCAUCAUUUGAGGAUUGUGCCUGCACUAGUUACUGCACUUGACCAACAUUCAAUUCCAAGAGUAAAGGAACAAGCUGCCUCAGCAAUACUACACUUGAUAAAGAAACUACCUUCAGAUGGCUUAAGAAUGCACACAGACUUGGAUACUAUAUUGAGCAAACUGCAGAAAGAACCACAGGGGCACGCAGCGGUAAAUACAACGUAGUGUUCAUAAGGCUCGAAAUCAACACUUUUUUUUCUCUCUGUUCUGAAAGAAGAGGGGGCACUAAGUCAUUUUCUUCCAUUUCGUUCUAGGAAAAUGAGUUUUUUUUUAAGGACACUGAAGAGUAUUUUGAAGAGAUUCUCUACCGUGGCAUGUCCUCUGCAAUCUGCAUGCUAUAAGCUGGGAUAUUGGCAUCUGCAGGACUUUUCCACUUCUUCUGAUAGCCCAGAUUAAAAUGUGCUUAUAGCAUCCCUAGAGAUUUUUUUUAUUAAAAAAAAGUGAUUAAG